AUGUCGUCGUCUAUCAAAACCGAGUUCCCUUCACCCCCUUCCGACCCAUCAAUUCUGCUAUCCUACCCAACACCCUUUGUUCUUCUCGUAACGAUCAACCGCCCACGCCAAAUGAACAGCAUCCCUUUCCCUGUGCACUGGCACCUCCACCGCAUUUUUGACUGGUUCGAUCGAGAACCCACUCUCCGCGUCGCCGUCAUCACUGGUGCGGGCCCGAAAGCCUUCUGUGCGGGCCAGGACUUGAUCGAGCUUGGCAAACGCGAUCCCAAGGUCCUCGAGGAGAAGCCGUAUUUGGCCAUGCACCCUUCCUCUGGGUUCGGGGGGAUUAGUCGCAGGGUAGGGAAGAAGCCGAUCAUUGCGGCGGUGAAUGGGUUUGCAUUGGGUGGUGGAUUUGAGAUUGUUUUGAAUUGCGACAUGACAGUCGCCUCUCCCACAGCCACAUUCGGCCUCCCCGAAUCUCUGCGCGGCAUCUACGCCGGCGCCGGCGGUCUCCCCCGUCUCGUGCGCAACAUCGGCCUCCCACUCGCCUCCGAAAUCAGCAUGGCAGGCCGCACGCUUUCCGCGUCAGAAGCUCUCCGUCUGAACCUGAUCAACCACGUGUCCAAAUCGCAGGACUCGUGUGUCGCCGAGGCCGUUGAACUGGCCAAAAGAGUCGCCGAAAUCAGUCCUGACGCCAUCAUCGUCACGAGGGCGGCACUGCGGGUGACGUGGGAGACGGCGAGUGUGGAGAGAGGGUAUCAGUUGGUCGAUGAGAGGUUUAGGAAAGGUUUGAUGGGAGGGGAGAAUGCGAGGGAGGGGUUGGCUGCUUUUGCGGAGAAGAGGAAACCGGUCUGGAAGGCUAGUAAAUUGUGA